UGGCGGAGGAGCCGGGGGUGGAGUCGGCGCCCGAGCACGGCCCGAAUGGAGGCGGGUUUGGGCGCGGCGCCGACCGGGCCGGGCCGCCGGUGGCUCCCGCAACGGUCACCAGAGAAAGGCCCGGCCUCUGCGACCCGGGGCGGAGCUCCUCGGCCCCAGAGCACUUCUCGCGCUCCGACAUGGGCGGGCAGGCGGCGGCCAGGGCCGGCAUGGAGCGAUGGCGCGGCCGGCUGGCUCUGGUGACGGGAGCCUCGUCGGGCAUCGGCGCCGCGGUGGCCCGGGCCCUGGUCCAGCAGGGGUUGAAGGUGGUGGGUUGUGCUCGCACUGUCAGCAACAUCGAGGAGCUGGCUGCUGAAUGUAAGAGUGCAGGCUACCCCGGGACUUUGAUCCCCUACAAAUGUGACCUGUCCAGUGAGGAAGACAUCCUGUCUAUGUUCUCAGCGGUGCGCACUCAGCACAGCGGGGUGGACAUCUGUAUCAACAAUGCUGGCUUGGCUCACCCCGAUAGCCUGCUCUCGGGCACCACCAGCGGUUGGAUGGACAUGCUCAAUGUGAAUGUGCUAGCCCUCAGCAUCUGCACACGGGAGGCCUACCAGUCCAUGCAGGAGCGAAAGGUGGACGACGGGCACAUCAUCAAUAUCAACAGCAUGUGUGGCCACCGAGUGGUUCCCCAUUCCAUGGUCCAUUUCUAUAGUGCAACCAAGUAUGCUGUCACAGCACUGACAGAGGGACUGAGACAAGAGCUGCGGGAGGCCCAGACUCACAUCCGAGCCACGUGCAUCUCUCCAGGAUUGGUGGAGACACAGUUUGCCUUCAGACUCUAUGACAAGGAACCUGAAAAGGCAGCUGCAACCUAUGACAGCAUAAAGUGUCUCAGACCUGAAGAUGUGGCCGAGGCGGUCAUCUAUGUUCUCAGCGCCCCUCCACAUGUCCAGAUUGGAGACAUCCAGAUGAUGCCCACGGAGCAGCUGGCCUAGACUUCUGUGGGCAGCUUCUCAACGCCCUCUUGCUGGGCUCCCGACUCUGAGUUUAAUGUGGGUUUGGGGCCCCUGGAGUUCACUCUGCACUACCCCAUGAAGGGCCUCAAAAUCUGAGGUUUUCACAGGCUGUCAACUUUAUUCCAGUGGGAAUGGGAAGAAAAGAGGGUGAGGAGAGGAGGUGGGUGUUCCCGAAAUGAUUGGAACUUGUCCUUGUCCUAGGUCUCCUUCCCUCUUGAGCUCUCAGACCCUCAUUUAAACUUCCUGGUCUCAUUCCUGUGACUAGGGAAGAAACUAUAGCCCAAACAGUGGAGGAGGUUGCCUUUCUUACACCCAUUGCCCCGUUCCCAAGGGAUGUGUGUGCUAAGAGAUGACUCUCUGAGUGUAUGAGUGACAGCCCAGGCCUCCUGUUGGCUUCUACCUGUGCCCACUGUCCUGCCACCCCCUCCCACAGCUCCAGCCCUGUCUGACUCUUCAGUCUUAGGGGGAUGGUCUCUUUGUACUGCGGAAGCAGAAUUUCAGGGCCGACUUCUCAAGUGGAUUUCCCCAUAAUCAUUAAAAGAAAAUUGUAAUAAACUUUGACUUCUGGGCGUC